AUUGCCGGGGGUUCAAGCUCCAAAUUAAUUCUCCGGGGUGAAGCUACCAACUUCAAGAAGCCCCCCAUUGCCGCAACUGUCCUACCGCGACUCGCCAUUUCUUUACCACUAUCUCGAACAGCCUUCGUACAGCCCCUCCCCUUUCGCCAAGUAGCAGCAGCCUGGGGCAAUACCACAAACGAUGCACCCCAUCUGCAGGCGUUGUAGCGCUCUCCUCUUCCAGCAGACCCGAACAUUCGCAUCCUCUUCCGUCAACCUCUCUGUCCCAAAGCCAGCGUCAGCAUUCCUAUCCAAGCCGACAUGGUCCGUCGCGUCCCUCCUCCCGCCUUCCACGAAAGCCGGCGCCCCUGAGACCUCCCCGGAAGAACCAAUCUCCAGGGCCAAGCUUCAUCACCUCCUCCGUCUAUCUGCUCUCCCGCUCCCGGACACGGAAGCAGCAGAGUCUGCUAUGUUACGCACGCUGCACUCGCAGCUGCACUUUGUACGCGACGUCCAGAGCGUGGAUACUACUGGUCUUGAGCCGUUGCGUUCCUUGCGCGAUGAAACGACCGAGGGUAUGGAAGAGGUGACAAUUGGACUUGAAGAGCUACAAGACGCCCUGGGCAACGAGAUUCAAUUCGGUCACAAGAAACGUCCAAAGAGAGUGCGUGGAGAAGAAGUCGACACCAAGGGUGCAGAGGAUUGGGAUCCUCUAAAGACAGCAUCUCGGACAGCUGGAAAGUAUUUUGUCGUUCAGAGCAAGAAGGACGAGCCAUGAUACCCACCACUAUCCCGAUGCUCGGUAAGAGAACCUAUU